GAUCUUUGUAAACGAAAACAGCUUCUCUUGCAGCGUCUCCAGCGCUUAAAGAGACUUACUCGUCAGUUGAUUCAAGAGUAUCGGCCUACUGCCGUCCGCUUGCUUUACUCUCACCCCUCCCAGGAUCUUCUUGAGUCCACGUUGACUCCGGAUUUAUCAUGCUGUCAAGCUGAGAGACCAAGUUGGCUGCAGGAAGUGUUGCAAUCCGUCACUGCCGUGUCACCUGGGGCAGGUACCAAUCUGGAUGGAUUGUCAUUUGGUAUUCAUAACACCCAACUGAGUAUUGGACAGUCUAUUGAGCCAGACGAGGCUCCAUCACGCCCUAUUGGUCGUUGCGCCGAUCUUAUUCCAACUGAGACCUCUCUUUAUAACUUUGAUGAAAUCGAGUGUCCUACUACCAGUUGUCACGAUAUCUGCUCUACUUCCAUCUUAGGUGAUUCGGCAUCCAUUCUUCCUUUCCCACCACUCCAGCCCCCCAUCAGAUUAUCGCCCAUCUCUUCUGCUGAAGUCUCUUUGAAGUCUCCGCCUCUUUUGUCACGAAGUGAUCUUGAAGAUCAUUUACCAGCUGAGUUCGCUGAAGCAUUGAGCCACCGGGCCGCUUCUUCCGAGGAAAAUACGGAACAAGAGCAGUUAGAGGAAGAUGAAGAGCUGGAGGAAGAUGAAGCGGAGGAGGAAGGAGAAGAAGACCAGGAACGAGAGCAGGAAGAAGAUGACGAUGAGGAAGACGAGGGAGAGGAGGAGGAGGAAGAGGAAGACAGGGAGGAGGAAGAGGAAGAGGAAGAGGAUGAGGAUGAGGAUGAGGAUGUGGAUGAGGAUGAGGAGGAGGAGGAGGAGGAGUAUGAGGAGGAAGAUGAAGAUGGUAGAGAGGCAGAAGAAGAAGACGUAAGUAGGGAAAAGGAAGAAGAGCUUGGCGACUUUGAUAAUAAUUCCCAAGAAUGUCCUUCAAAUGCUGUAGUAAGUGAUUCAGGAUUUAAAAACCACAGGAAAAACGAAGAUAGCUUUUUUCAAGGUUAUCUUUCUUCUGACCUUUUACUUCCCUAUUUUCAUUCAAAAAGUUACAAAAAAGUGAUUAGGCAACCUAGCUUACUUACUUCCAAAAUGUCCUUGAUUCUCUCCGAUUCUCUACCUCCUCCAAUUGGAGUCACUUCCUUAGUGAAUGAGUUAGAAACCAAAAGCUCUUCUUUGUCUGUGGAUGCACAUUGCUCAUCACUUAUUGAUGGGCAUAACUUUUGCAUCGGCAUAAAAGAGCAAGAUUUGUGCCUUCAAGUUACUGAUAUUCAUCAUAAACAUCUUACUACGCAAUUCUCAGUUGACUUUUAUCCAAACAGUUCAUUUCUCAGUCACACUAAGCAAACUUUUCUUUCUCAUCUCAUGUGCUUUUGCCCGGCCCCAUGCCAAGCAGAUAGAUCUUCCAGUAACCUCACUUGCCGAGGUCGCGUCCUUUUAGCCAUCGCUUCCAGGGAUUCUGGGGUUAUUACAUGUGCUUAUCUGGAUCAUGCGAUAAGGUUCUGGCAACUGAAGCAGUAA